CAAACACGAAGAGAGAGACCUCUGAUUCCACUCUUAAAUUUUUAACGGCGUUGUGGAACUUCGCAGGCUGUUGCCAUGACUCCGCGGGGGUACAGUUACAGCGCGCACUCAGCUCUUCUAUACAAGACCAACAAACCUGAUUGAUCCAUUUGGCCGCGCGCCGCUUUACAACGCGAGAAUGACAGGUCGGGCGCUCUGCUUGCUGAUGCUCUAAAACUUUGCUGUGCAGUCAGUUCUGCACUCUUACGGGAGAGAAGUGGGCAAAGACUAGAAGAUACAUGGACACUGUUGGAUGUUCCUGUCCUUCUCCUUAAGAUGACCCUGAACACCCAGAGAGAGGGGAAGGAGACGCUAAGGAGAAGGGCCAGUACACCCCUCCCAUCCUCACACCAGCCCGGGCCGAAGGAACGGGACCCACCCGCCGACCCUCGCCAUCCUCCACUCGGGCAGUCUGCCUCCUACCAUCCCGGGGACAAAUCUCUGCACUCCCGCGCGAACUGGUCGUCAGACUCGGAGGACUCGGAAAGCUCCGGAGCGGACUGCGUGUACCGCGUCGUUUUGCUCGGGGACCAUGGAGUUGGGAAGUCCAGUCUGGCAAACAUCUUCGCAGGCAUUCAGGAAAAGGAUGUUCACGAUCACUUGGGAGAGGACACAUAUGAGAGAACCAUGACGGUGGAUGGCGAGGAAACCACCCUCAUCGUCAUGGAUACCUGGGAGACUGAGAAAGAGGAAGAAGAUGAGAAGUGGGUUCAUGACUACUGCAUGCAGGUGGGCAAUGCCUACGUGAUUGUCUACUCCAUUACUGACCGCUCUAGCUUCGAGAGCGCCUCAGAGCUCCGGAUCCAGCUCCGACGCAUUCGCCAGGCCGAAAACAUUCCCAUCAUCCUCGUGGGCAACAAGAGCGACCUGGUGCGCUGCAGGGAGGUGGCCGUGGAAGAGGGCCGUGCCUGCGCGGUGGUGUUUGACUGCAAGUUCAUCGAGACGUCGGCCUCCCUGCACCACAACGUGAGCGAGCUGUUCGAGGGCGUGGUGCGUCAGAUCCGCCUGCGCCGGGACAGCAAGGAGACGGUGGAGCGCCGGCGCAGCGUCUACCGCAGGAAGGAGAGCAUCACCAAGAAGGCACGCCGCUUCCUGGACCGCCUGGUGGCCAAGAACAACAAGAAGAUGGCUCUGAAGGUUCGAUCCAAGUCCUGCCAUGACCUCGCCGUGCCCUAGUCACCUUUGACACUGACCCAGGAAGCAGUCUGCCCCCAGAGAGUGACUCUCGUGAACUGUGACCUUUGACAUUGACCCAGGACGUGGUGACCUGCGACUCCUGAGUUGAGUUUUGGUCCUGGGAGUGACUGUAACCUAUGACCUGUGAUGUUUGACCCAGAAACUGGCCAUGUUCUUGUGACUUUUGUCCUCACUGUGCUCUAAUGACCUUUGACCGAUGAUGUGGUGGUUCUCGAGACUUCUGAACUACGUUUUUUUGUCAAGAACUGAAGAGAUCUAGUUUCUAAUGACCCCUGAUGUUUGCCCCGGGAACUUUAAUUUCCUAAUGACCUAUGAAUUUCUAUGUGCUGCGCUCUAAUGACCUACAAACUAUGGCUGACCGUGCUAGAAAAACUACAAUCCAUAGUUCAAUCCAAAGCAGAGAGAAGGGUCUAUCUGCAUACAACGGUACUCCUCAAAGGUGUCCCUCCUUCAACUCCUCACCCUGUAGGCCCAGCACUUUACAGAGGCAGACUGAUAUAGUUGGAUUUCUCCUUUUCUUGGAUCCUCAGGAGUCAUGACAACCGCCAGUCAUGACAACAUGACACCCGCCUUCUUCUCUUCCACCCUGGGUCCGUGUCCUCCGCCUGUUGUCUCCACACAUUCUCAUGUUUUCGUGGGGUGAAAUGGCCCACAGCUGAGCUGGAGUUCUGUUUUCUACUGUGUUUAUCUCCGCGAUUGGGAAAGAAUGCUGGAGGAAAUGUCAGGCUAAAGACAUGUACAGCUAGAUGAUCCCAGCUCUAUGGUGGGAGAUAGUUUGUUAGACAAUUUAUCAACUGUACGCCUUACGAGUGACGAGUUACGAAGACAGAUGAACUGAUCUUGCAUCUAUGUAGAUGUUACAACACAUAUUUUUGUCAACUUUUUUUCUCUAGUCUGACAUUUAGAGAGACGUUUCCUUCUUUGACAACAUUCAUGUUUUCUAUUCAUGUAAAGCAAAGAUUUUUUCACAGUGAAAAUAAGGACCAGCUUAAGUCGCUGAUGACUUGAGGAGAGUGUUGAGCCCCGGGCAUCACGAUGUGUCUGAGACUUCGUAGCAGACCAGCUCUGGCACUGACUUUAAAAGCCCAAACAUCGCCCCAGGACCUGGAAACAAACAAAUCGGGGUCUAGUGGGAGAUUGUUUGAUUCCCAUAAACAGGAUUGGUUGUUCAAAUCCCACCUGACACGCUUGUCUUUUCUGUCCAUAGGACCAUGAUGGUUUUUUUUAUGAUUUUCAGUUAGUCUGGACCCUGCUCUCUACGUCUGCACGAUUCCCUGCCUUUCUCUGUGACCUCCCCAACAGGAGUGGCUAAUACAGUCCUGAUGAGAACCCACAGCUGGUUCUACUGUUCUAGAACCAGCUUCCACUCAGCUAAUACUAUCCUCUACUACACUAGAGACAGAUCUUCUACCGGACCAACCUGUACCAUGCUAGAACCGACCUUUGCUGUAGUUUCUUCUCAAGUAGAUCUUGAUUCUACUGUAAUAGAACUCUCUCCUAUUAGUUUGUCCUGGUCGGGCCCGACACAGUUCUAACCCGCACAUAUGGACACCCAGGAGUUUGUGAAUACAGUGCACACAUUCAUAUGCUGUAUGAUGUUACAAAACAGCCGAUUCAGAAAUAAAAAUAAUUGAGAA